GGCAAAAAUGAAGACUUGCUUUCUUGUUUUAAGCAUAGUUGUUAUACUCUCAUUUUCUGAAGGUGUAAAAAUCACUGAUAGCAUGGAAAGCAUAAUCAACCUAGCAAAAUCUCUUCUGCUUCAGUCUGACAUGACUGCACGACUAGAUGGUGUUCCUAGAAUACAUAGAGAUACCAAUAAACAGGAGUUUACUUGGGAUCAUCUUGGCAUAACUGUUAUUUAUGAGUUCAGAUAUCAGGAUGACCCAUUCAAAGAAGUAGAAGCUUGGAUUGAAAUCAAGGAUCUGUCAGUUCUAUUUCCCUAUACAAAACUAGAAUUAGUUAAAUUUGUCAUUUUACUGAGAAAAGAUGGAGGUUACAGAGAAAGCAUUUUUGAUCUACAGAUUGAAUAUGAACUUCAUCAUGACCAUGUUGAGAAUGGGAAACUAGCUCUGGUAAUAUCUCUGGAUAAAACUCUGAAACUUAAAGUUGAAACAUCAAUAGACCAAGAGAAACAAUUUGUUCAUCUGUUUACUCUCACAUUAGUAAAUACAGAGUUGAAUCAAAUAGAAGGAAGAUACACCGACUCACAUUAUCAUGAAUACUUAAUUGAUAUGAAGAAAAAACAAAACACAAUUUACUUGGUUGUUGAACAUCCAGAAAAUGAAAGUAACAUUAUUGAAUUUGAAUUUGACAUGUCAACAUUUUCAUCAAGAUUGAAUUUUGAUAGUGAUCUUCAUUCUGCAGACCUAUUAACUGUAAAUAAUGUGGAGAGUCUUUCCAUGAAUUGGUUUCUCUAUGUUCAUCCUUUUGGAAGUUUUAGCUUGAAUCUUGAUGUUUCAAAAGAAAAUGAGAAACUCUUUUACCUGAAGAUUUCUCGCAACGGAAAUCAAAUUUUUCUUUUCGAUUUAAAAGAAAUUCCUAAACUCUAUGAUGAACAUUAAGUCUAUGAAUUUCAUGCAGGAAAUCACAGUCUCCCUCUUUUUCGAUUGUUAAGACUCCAAAGAAGCCAAAACAAAAAUUUUAAACAUCAAAAAGAAGAACUACAUUUUCCAGUUAUUGAUUUGAAAAUUACUAUGAUUAAGAUAACACUGGAUAAGACAACACGGGAUUUUAUAACAGUAGAAAAUUCAUUGUUUGUGUUUGCUGAAACAAAUCAAAAGAGAUAUUUUGAUUUGAAAUAUAAAAUGUCCGAAUCAAAUUCUUCAGGAUAUGGAAAUAAAUUAAAAAAUAUGGAGAUAACUGCAAAAGGAUUUGAUUGUGAAUAUUAUACAAAUUUCACUCACAAUAUUAAAAUCUUUUUGGACUAUAGAGAUGUUGGCAAUGGAUUUGAAGAUGUAGAACUGUUUGAUGGAAAAAUAGAAUCAACAAUUGGUGACAAGUAUUUUAAACCUCUGAAAAUAGAAGUGGAACAAAAGAAAAUUAGUGUAAACAGUUUGAUAAUGUUUCAAGGUUUGGAUGAGAGAGUCAUCAUUGUAAUUGAUGAAUACCUUGGCAAAGCAGAUUUUUUCUGGUUUAGUGGCCCAAGAGAAAUCAUUAGGAUUUCAAGCAGAAAGCAAGUAUUGUUCAGAAAUAAAGAAGUAGAUGUGCGAAAAGUUCGAUACUUUACAUCUGAAGAUAUUGGUAUUACUGGAACUUUAACAGUGCUAAUUGCACCAAAUAGAGUGAAAGUUGUUUUCCAAGAGAUUGAAACAGACUUGAAGGUAUCAAUGGAAGGGAAAAGAGAACAUAAUAGUGUCUAUCAGAUUGAUAACAUUGAUGGAUUUGGUACAAUUUUGGAAGAAUCUCCAUUAUUUAAAUGGAAUAGUUCUUACACAGUUCAGAACAAUGGAAGUCAUUUUAGGUUAGAGGGGGGUGGUAAACAAUCUUUUAAUAAGACAGUGAAAUAUGAAAAUCAUCGUGAUCAAAACUGCCAUAUUGAAUUAUCUGAAAGUUUUAUGAUAGACCUUGACUUAAAAUCUCCUCAGCAACUAGUUCUUCAAACAAGUCUUUCAUCCAACAUAUUUCCUGAUGCAACACUGAACUUAAAUACUGCAUCACUUCCUUACUAUCUCACAGUUAAAGCUCCAUUACCAGAUCAAAGAUAUUUAGACAUAAUAAUUGUUCCUGAUAUGUCCUUUAAUAAUUUCAACAUACGUAUCAUGUCAGGUAAUUAUUCUUCUGACAGUUUUGAGGUUUCAUUCACUCAAACACAUUUUGUUCUGAAUUGUGAUCAUAAAUUGAAAAACUGUGACUUUACUUUUAAUAUCCCUAUGCCAGAUAAUAGUCAAAUAGAAAUGCUAUCCAAUCCAGCGGAAGGAAAUAUUUUAAGCAUCAAAUCAAACAAUGUCUUUGGCUUUAAAUCAUUGGAAAUUGUAACAGAAGGAGAGUGGAAGAAUCUUGUUCUGAAUGGUCUUAAUAUUGCAACGUAUCAAUAUUGUUUAUUUGAAAAACACGUUAGUAUAGAAAUGUAUGGAGUUGUGGCAAAUGUGAACUGGGACUUUGCGCCCUACUACACACAAGGAAGGCUGAACACCUUCAACGUGGAUUUAUCAGCAAAAGGAGUAUCAAUAUCCAGUAACCUAACCAUGGACCUUAGCAGCAUGAUUCUUGAAAUAGAAGAGACUAUCAGUAUUCCUCAGCUCCCAGCUAUAUCACCAAUCAAAGCAAAGAUCAAAGGGGGGACUAGGGAGAAGAGCUCAAUGUUCUAUCUUUCUCUUGGUGAUUCAGAAUUCUUGCUUGGUGCGGUUUCAGAGGUCUCUUGUGAUGGUGAUUCUGGCCCAGAUAAUUUGGAUGAUGAUGGGAUUCCAGAUGAUAAGGAUGAUAAUAGUGAUGGGAUUUCAGAUGACUUGGAUAUUUAUGGUGAUGCGAUUACAGCUGAAUCUGAUGAUGGCGAUAGGAUUCCAAUCAAUUUAAAUGAUAGUAGUUCUGUUCCAGAUGUUUUAAAUGAUGAUGGUUAUGGGACUCCAGAUGACUUGGAUGAUGAUGAUGAUGAUGGGAUUCCAGAUGACUUUGAUGAUAAUAGUGAUGGGAUUUCAGAUGAUUUGGAUGAUGAUGGUGUUGAUGAUGGGAUUCCUGAGGAUCUGAAUAAUAAUUAUUAAAGGAUUACAGAUGACUCUGAUGAUGGUGAUGGGAUUUAAAAUUUCAUAUUAUAAAAAAAAACUUCAGAUGGCUUCAAUGGUAAUCUUGGAUUUUAGUUUAUUCCAAAUAAGCAUUUUAUAAAUAUUUACAUUUGUACUACAAAAACUUGCAUGAGUAGUGGCCAAUAGGAA